GAAUUGGUGUGCGCUAUAUAAACGUUGCGCAUUCGAAUCUCGUGCUUCAGUGCCACAAUAGUGGAUAUCACAUUUAGUAGUUUGUUAAAAGCAAAGACCAAAUACAAAACACGCACAUUGUAACCUUGUUUACAAUUUACAAACAAGGAAAGAAAAAUAAAAUAUAAUAAUAAGAAGCAAAAGAAGCACUUUGCCCCAAGGUAAAAUUCAAAUAGUUCAAGUUCAUUGAUAAGAUGAGUGGACGUGACAAUCGAGGCGCCGGCAGCGGCGGCGGCAGAGGAGGAGCAGGUGGUGGCGGAAGUGGGGGACACCAUCAUCAACCGCUGAGCAGCGCCAUGGGAAAACUGAAGGAAAAACUAACUCGAGCUGGUGAGGAUUUGGGUUAUCAACGUGUGGAGAGCAAUUUGUCAGCAUCGAAUACGGGCACAAGUUUGGACACAAUACUGCCGGAGGAUCCGUUUCCGUUUCCACAGGAGGCGCCACAACGUCGUCCACAGCCACAGUUGCAACAACAACAAACGCGGCAGCCGCAGCAACAACAGUUGCGUUUGUUGCACGACGUGGACGACGAACCGCCGCUUUCGUUUCGUCCUUUGCUGGAGGACGACGACUUCAAGGAACCGUUGCCGUUGCCGUUGCCGCUGCCACAGUUGCAACCGCCAUCACAACGUGCCACAUUGCGAGCCAGUGGCAGCUUGGAGUUGACACCGCUGCCACCGCCGCCAACAUCAUUGGAACCACAUCGCGAUCGACAGCAACGCAGUAUUGUGAGUGGCUUAAACGAAGAUCUGCAACGCAGCAAGCAAUCCCUGAAGGGAUCUCGUGUGUCCUUUGAGAAGACCCGAGGCGAACAGCAACAACAACAACAGCAACAGAGUAAUAAGGCAGCGGAGAGCAGCGACGAGGAUAGCUUCGAGGAUAAACGCAUUGGUUUCCAACAGCAAAAGGCCACAAGUGUCGAUCACAAGGGCAUCCUCAAGGAUUUGCGUCACAUCUUGGCCACCGAUAAUCGUCGACAGUUUCAGGCCAAAAAGCAUGUCUCAUUGGACAUUAAAGGCACACGGUUUCUCGAAGAUUUACUAAAGGAGUCCUCAUCCGAGGAGGAAUUUCACAAGACACGUCGCGAGUUUCAGGGCCGCAAACAUCAGAGUCUCGAUCCGCGUGUCACUUUCAAGCUCGACAAAGUAUUACAAGGCUCCAGCACCGACAGCGACGAGGAGGGCGACGACGCCGAGCACAAGCGUUUAAUUCAUCGGCCCAAGGACAUUACCAAGCCAGUAAUUAUCGACCUCAAGGAUCUGGAGAGCGAGAGUGACGAGGACUUUCUCACAUCGCGACAGAAUUUCCAACAACAGCGCUCAAUCAGCACAGAUUCACGUAAAAGUCGUCGACUUUACGAGAUGGACGACAUGGGGAACAAGCGGGGCGACAACAUCCGCCAUGCGGUGCCUUUUGUCCGCCAGAUCACAGAGGAUGGCAAGCCCAAGCUGGAGGUCUAUAGGCCCACAACGAAUCCCAUCUAUAUAUGGACACAGGUGCUGGCUGCCCUGAGCGUCUCUAUGGGUUCCCUUGUUGUGGGAUUUGCCAGCUCUUACACUUCCCCUGCGCUGGUCUCCAUGACGGACAGGAAUAUCACGUCCUUUGAGGUCACUGAUCAAGCGGCAUCCUGGGUAGGUGGCAUUAUGCCCUUGGCUGGUUUGGCUGGCGGCAUUGCGGGCGGACCGUUUAUAGAGUAUCUGGGCAGACGUAAUACCAUUCUGGCAACGGCCGUACCCUUUAUCGUGUCCUGGCUGCUUAUCGCCUGUGCUGUCAAUGUGGCCAUGGUACUUUGUGGUCGGUUUUUGGCUGGAUUCUGUGUUGGCAUCGCCUCGUUGUCGUUGCCCGUAUAUCUGGGCGAGACGGUACAGCCGGAAGUGCGUGGCACAUUGGGAUUACUGCCAACGGCAUUUGGUAACAUUGGCAUCCUGGUGGGCUUCGUGGCCGGCACCUACAUGGACUGGUCAAUGUUGGCCUUCCUUGGCGCCGCAUUGCCAGUGCCGUUCCUCAUCCUCAUGUUCCUCAUACCGGAGACACCAACUUGGUAUGUCAGCCGUGGACGGGAGGAUCAAGCACGCAAAGCUCUGAGCUGGCUGCGUGGCAAGGAGGCGGAUGUAGAGCCAGAACUAAAGGGCUUAAUGCGUUCGCAGGCCGAUUCCGAUCGGCAGGCGACACAGAAUAAAAUGCUGGAGCUGCUGAAGCGCAGCAAUCUGAAGCCACUAUCCAUUUCCUUGGGAUUGAUGUUCUUUCAGCAGUUGAGCGGCAUCAAUGCCGUCAUUUUCUACACGGUAUCCAUCUUCAAGGACGCUGGUUCCACCAUCGAUGGCAAUCUCUGUACCAUCAUUGUGGGCAUUGUCAAUUUUAUAGCCACGUUUAUUGCCACACUGCUGAUCGAUCGCGCUGGACGCAAGAUUUUGCUGUAUGUGUCCGAUAUCGCUAUGGUGAUAACGCUGUUUAUCCUUGGUGGCUUCUUCUAUUGCAAAUCCAGCGGCAUGGACAUGUCCAAUGUGGGCUGGUUACCAUUGAGUUGUUUUGUCAUCUACAUUUUGGGCUUCUCGCUGGGCUUCGGUCCGAUUCCCUGGCUGAUGAUGGGCGAGAUUCUGCCCUCCAAGAUACGUGGAUCAGCUGCCUCGGUGGCCACAGCUUUUAACUGGACGUGCACGUUUGUGGUGACCAAAUCGUUCCGGGACAUGAUUGAUGUUAUGGGUGCACAUGGCGCUUUCUGGAUGUUUGGUGCCAUUUGCUUUAUUGGCCUGUUCUUUGUGAUAUUCUAUGUGCCCGAAACGCAGGGCAAGUCCUUGGAGGACAUUGAGCGCAAAAUGAUGGGACGUGUGCGUCGCAUGUCCUCUGUGGCCAACAUAAAACCAUUGGCCUUUAACAUGUAAACGCUCCUUGAGACAAGAAAUAAGGACAAGACAGAAACAGAUACAAAAAAAAGAAGGAUCUAUAAAGCGAUCAAACCAAAUAUUAGUCUAGUGCCCUAGUGCUUAAGUUGUACAACUACACCAUAAACUAUAGCGAUAAUGCUAGCGAUAGCUCAAGUUAUCGUUAGUUAAAGCUAUUCAAAUGUAACUACAAGAUAAACUAUAUAUAUAUAUAUAUAUUAUGGGCCGAAAUGUGCCUCAAAAGUAGAUCAGCUAAAGAAUUUCCUUUAUCAUUAUUGUUAUUAUUAUUAUUAGAAUUAUUGUUUUAAACGUUAAGUCGCGUAGUUUUAUGAUUGAUUGUAAAUUAUGAGUUUUAGCACUAAUUAUUGUUGACGAUAUCAUGAAUUUAUCGCUGUAGAAAAAUGACAUAAAAUAUAUGUAUCUAGUUUUUAAGACAAACUUAUCCAACAAAAGCCAAAACACACACACUAAAUGAGAGCUAUUUAAUUGGCUAUUCGAAUAAUGAGCAUGUAAAAAAAAUAUAUACUUUAUAUGAAUAUAUGAAUCUAUUCAGAAUAUCACUCGCAGCAGCUGCAUAAUUGUAAAUCAAUAUUGUAAAUUAUAUUUAAUGAAAAUACAAAAAAACAAAGAAAUCAAAAA